CACUGGCUCUGGAGUGGACGUGCCCCGGGCCUUUCGCCUUGUUUGGGACCCAGAACCCUUCUCCCCAGAGAACCUUGAUACUGUCUAUCCCCCUCAUACAUAGGGAGCGUGCGGGGAGCGAGAAUGAGGUUGGGAUUGAGAGCACGGAUAAUUUCCUUUUUUAAAGAAUGGAAACUGCUUGCGUGGUUUCUAGGGAGAAUCCUCUGCAGCUCCUCGCCCCGUUUCCGCGCUCUGGCUGGAGAGAACCCCCUCAGGCCUGGGACUUAGCAAGCAAAGAAAGACUGACGAAAGGAGAAAAAACCAACAAAGAUAACUUUGGAAGCACUGAAUGCAGCAAAAUAAGAACAAUGGAUCUCAAGUUCAACAACUCCAGGAAAUUUAUUUCUAUAAGUGUCCCAUCCAAAACCCAAACAAUGUCACCACACAUCAAGUCCAUAGAUGACAUUGUAGUACUUGGCAUAAAUCUCAGCAAAUUUAACAAACUUACUCAAUUUUUCAUAUGUGUUGCUGGAGUUUUUGUAUUUUACCUCAUUUAUGGAUAUUUACAGGAAUUAAUAUUUUCAAUGGAGGGUUUUAAGUCCUAUGGCUGGUACCUUACUUUAGUACAGUUUGCAUUUUACUCCAUAUUUGGCCUUAUAGAGCUUCAGCUUAUUCAGGACAAAAGGAGAAGAAUACCAGGAAAAACCUACAUGAUAAUAGCUUUUCUAACUGUGGGCACUAUGGGGUUAUCAAACACUUCCUUGGGCUACCUGAAUUACCCUACCCAAGUCAUCUUCAAGUGCUGCAAAUUGAUUCCUGUUAUGCUAGGAGGAGUUUUUAUUCAAGGAAAGCGGUAUAAUGUUGCAGAUGUGUCUGCCGCAGUAUGCAUGAGCCUUGGUCUGAUAUGGUUUACCCUAGCCGAUAGCACGAUUGCACCAAAUUUCAACUUGACAGGUGUGAUCCUUAUUUCCCUGGCGCUGUGUGCAGAUGCUGUCAUUGGAAAUGUUCAAGAGAAAGCCAUGAAACUGCAUAAUGCUUCUAACUCGGAAAUGGUUUUGUAUUCGUAUUCAAUCGGUUUUGUGUAUAUUUUAUUCGGAUUGACAUGCACUAAUGGAUUAGGCCCUGCAGUAACAUUUUGUUCAAAGAAUCUAUUUCGGACCUACGGUUAUGCUUUCCUUUUUUCCCUCACUGGGUAUUUUGGAAUCUCCUUUGUUCUGGCUUUGAUUAAAAUUUUUGGUGCACUUCUUGCUGUAACAGUGACAACAGGAAGAAAAGCAAUGACCAUUGUACUUUCAUUUAUAUUCUUUGCUAAGCCAUUCACACUUCAGUACAUAUGGUCUGGUUUGUUAGUUGUCCUUGGUAUAUUUCUCAAUGUUUACAGCAAAAAUAUGGAUAAAAUAAGACUACCGUCACUAUAUGAUCUAAUAAACAAAAUAGUAGAAGCAAGAAAGUCACGGACGUUGGCACAGACUGUAUAGGCAGCAAUUCAUGCUGUUUAACCUAGAAUUCCAAGGAACAAUCAUCAAUUAAUUACCUUUCCAAAGGGAUUAUUAUAAAAACCAAAGGCUCUUAUUAUUAUAAGAACUGAAGGCUCGCUAUCUGUUUGCGACUGGAUUGCGUAUGAAGUCAGCCCUUUUCCUCAGAGCUCUUGUUUGACUGUGUGACUUCUGAAGCAAUCAAGAGCGCAUCAUCUGUCACACCUUAGAAUAAAAUGUCAAUAUGAAGGACUGUCUUCGCAGUUUAUCGAGAAUUUCACUGGAAAUGGAUUGGACCAUGUUGCAAGACUAAUUAGAUAUCAUGACAUAUCAAAGAAAUUGAUAUAUAAUAGACUGUUUUCAUUCCAUUUUGGUGGUGUUAUUUAAAUUGAUUCUCUGUUAUAAGAGUGAACUGAUGGUUUAGUCUAGAGAGAAUAACUUCAUUAUAAAUAAAAAUUAUUCUGUGAUUUUUUUUAAAGAAGGUAUUGAUAGAAUUUUGUUAUCAAGGGAACUGAAGGGUAGAGAAAGGCUUUACAUAAACUCUAAAACUUAGGCUUUUCUCAGAUAAUUUAAAAGUAUUCUUUAGAGAAAAAGUGUUUUAAGUUUUCUGUAAAAUACAGACAAUAUAGUAAAAGAAGUUGUCAUACUGCCUCCUGUAAGUAUGUAGCACAAGAAAAAUUUGCUGCCAUUUGGCAAAGAAGUGCUAAUAGAUUUAAUCUUUUGGAUUUUCUAAUUGAAGGAAAAAUAAUUGGUGUCUUAAAUGAUUAUAAAAUAAUAAAAUUGUCUUUUUUUCCUCAUAAAAAUGGAAAUUAAUUUGGCAGGUUGAAGAUGAAAUAGGGUAAAUUUAAGAAAUAUAAGUAGAUAUAGCAAAUGUAUACAGUAUAUUGUUUGCACAGUUUUGAAUCUAACUCAUAAAGACUGUGGCCCUGUUUUUUUAGCAGUGAGUUUUGGAAUUGCUUCCACUGUAUUUUUAAAAAUCCUGUUAAUCUUCAUUUUCAAUGUAAGUAGUGUUGGUUAAAAUAGCUCAGGAUCUGUGCUAUUGGCAAUAUCAAUUGUAUUUUGUCAGUAUAAUAUACUUGGAAUAUUUAAUCUCAGUUCUUAAAAUUCCAUUGUAUUCUGAUGGUGACUUUAACCUGUUAUGUGCAUAUGUGGGUACAACAGGAUAAUUUAAGGAUCUAGCAUAAAGAAUUCUGACUGAUUUUCAUUUAUUAUAUGUUAAAAUACUAUGUGUCUUUUUCCCUCAAAUAGUAAUUAAUCACUUACAAGUUUUCAUAUUUUAAAAUGAAAGGAAUCUUAAUUUUCACUUUAGUAUGCUGCCUUAAUUUCUAAAACAAUAAGGAUCUGUGCUUUUAAAAAAGUCUAUUUUCCCAAAUCCCUGAAAAAAUAUUAUAAUUUUAACUUAUCAGGGCAUUCUUUUAUCUUCAUACUGUUUUAAUAUUUUACUACUAUGCCUAUUACAAACUUCUCAUCUCAACCCCCCCCCCAAUUUAAACAGUUUAGCGCUGUUUAGAAAUCAGCUUUCCAGUUUAACCCUUUAUAUUUCCAUUUCCUUUUUUUACCUGCCAUCAGGUGGAGAUAAACUUGACUUAUUUAUAUCCAUGGAGUCGUUUUAAUGAAUAUAGACUGAAAUAUAGAAUAAUUUUUGUAGUAAAGGAAAUGAAUGUUUGAAUGUGUAUUUGUGCCAGAUUUUAUAUGAUCUUUCAUUAAUAUUAUGUCAUCCCAAAAACCAAAAUAAGUAAUCACAAAGGAAUUAAAAAUAAGAACUGCAA